UCGCGAGUGGAGGGCAGAGCUGCACUGCACACCAGGCCAACGAGUGCGGCGCAGUCCAAGUGCACCGAUGGCCCCGCACACAGGUCUCCUUUAGCGUCGAUUCAGCUCCAAGCAGGCGAAGGCCAGGAUGAAUCGCUACGUGACCCUGGCCCAGCUGGGCGAUGGCACUUAUGGAUCGGUUGUGCUAGGUCAGAGAGUGGACACCGGAGAGAAAGUCGCGAUUAAAAGAAUGAAAAGAAAAUAUUUUUCCUGGGAUGAGGCGAUGAGUCUCCGCGAAGUGAAGUCCUUGAAAAAGCUCAGCCACACGAAUGUCAUCAAGUUAAAAGAGGUCAUACGGGAAAACGACACUCUCUACUUUGUGUUUGAAUACAUGAAGGAAAACUUGUACCAACUGAUGCGAGACAGGGACAAGUUGUUUCCCGAAGCGUUGGUGCGCAACAUGACGUUUCAGGUGCUGCAAGGCCUAGCCUUCAUGCACAGAAACGGAUUCUUCCACCGGGACAUGAAGCCGGAAAAUCUGCUCUGUUGCGGGCCCGAGCUGAUCAAAAUCGCCGACUUCGGCCUCGCCAGGGAAAUCAGAUCUCAGCCGCCGUACACCGAUUACGUUUCAACGAGAUGGUAUCGGGCGCCAGAAGUGCUGCUCCAUUCGACCAACUACGGUCCGCCGAUCGACAUGUGGGCUGUGGGCUGCAUCAUGGCCGAAAUGUACACCUUCCGGCCGCUCUUCCCGGGCAACAGCGAGAUCGACCAGAUUUUCAAGAUAUGCAGCGUCCUCGGCACGGUGGACAAGAGAGACUGGCCUGAAGGCUACCAACUCGCCUCGGCCAUGAACUUCAAGUUCCCGCAGUUCUCGCGCACGCCGCUCGCCUCGCUGGUGCCCAACGCCAACGACGCCGGCAUCUCCCUGAUGGAAGACCUGCUCUCCUAUGACCCUGCUAAACGACCCACGGCUGUCCAGGCGAUCAGGUACCCAUAUUUCAAAAUGGCCCAAAAAUUGGGCAUGCUACCCUCAAACUCGACGUCUCACCUCAAUCUAACUCAGUCUGGAGUUUCCUACGACCCGCCCAGUGCCAGGAGAUGGAAGCAAGAUUCCGAGUUAGAAGAUCUGUUGGGCAACGCAAUCCCAAACGCAGAAACACACCUGCAGCGGGCCCUGUUGAACGACAGGGCCAAGGCCGGCCGGCCGCCGGCGCCGCCCGUUCUCUUGAGCAGAAGCUGGGGCGAUGCCAACGCCUCCAAACACUUCAUCACUAGGGAUAACGCCAUCUGGAGCCAGCGCAACGGCUACGAGCCGUCAACGGUGACCCUGAUCGCGCCGCCGGACAGCAAGCACAGCGCGCACUACCAGAGAUUCGACUCGGCGCGCAUCGUCCUGCCUGACCGGCACGUCGCCUACGUGACCAAGGGCUCCAACAGCCAGCCAGUGACCUCCAAGAGCAGCUACGUGCCCUCUAUGAUGCAGAACGGACGGCCGUCGGCAACCCUACACGGCCGAACAGAUUGGGCUGCCAAAUACCUGAAGUAAAUGAAGCCGAUUUAUUUGCAAAGCUAUAGCGGCCCGGCCCACGGCCCACUAACAUUUAAACAAACUCUCAAAGUGAAUGUACUGUGAUAUUGCUCCUAGGUGUAAAACUUUCCCUCCUGAACAAAAUAAUUGCAUUCAAUUACGUUAAUCCAACAACAAGCAAAUGAAGAGGACCACACAUCAUCGUUUUUUAUAAAAAUAUUUCUAGUGUUUAAGUGGUAUAAUAGGCGAUAAGUCACUUCUUUUAUUUCCAUCUGUAAAAGUUCUUUAGAACCUUCGAAUCUCCUUCUUGGUAAAUGUCAGUUUGCAAUAAACUAGAAUCAAA